AAUGCUACCUAAGCUGCGAAGCUGCUAAGCUGCUAAAAAACAUUAAAGAUUUAUAUUUACCUAACCUUAGUCAUUUUUGUCUUCAAUUUUUGAGAAUCUCGUUAUUCAAUCACCCUCCCAUCGCAAGCUGGAAGAAUAUGGCAACCAGAUCAAUUGCUAGAUUCCUCCAGUACCAUCCCAUAAGCCGCCCCUCCACCACUCUUCUCCCAUCUCUACUGCGCCCCUCCCCCCGCAUCGCGCAAAUCUCACAACCAUUGGCUCGUCGAUUCGCUCAUGCCAUACCCAAACCGUCUCCGACAACAUCCUCCUCCUCCUCCUCCUCUACCUCUUCAACACCAUCCGAGAAGCCCAAGAAGUUCCUCGAGCCACACUAUGAAUUAACCUUCACCUGCGUGCCGUGCGGCGACCGCUCGACGCACGUCGUGUCCAAGCAGGGCUACCACAAGGGCUCCGUGCUCAUCACCUGCCCGUCGUGCCGCAACCGCCACAUCAUCAGCGACCACCUGGGCAUCUUCGGGAACCAGCACAUCACCGUCGAGGACCUCAUGCGGGACAAGGGACAGCUGGUGAAGCGCGGAACCCUCGGCGAGGAUGGCGACGUGGAGUUCUGGGAAGACGGGACUGUGACCAAGCGCAGAGCCGACGCAGCUAGCAGUACGACUACUACUCCUACAAAUCCGGAGGCGAAGGAAAGUUCGAAAUAAACUAGACAGCGUAGCCCAUUGCAACAAAACCAAAACCACAAGAGCAUGAAGCGACGAGGUAAUACGGAAGCAGAGUCUGCCCCGGUUACCAUCCGUGUGGGUCCACAAGGACCCGGGUCAAGCCAAAAGAAAGAACAAAGGCCGCCACAUGGGUUUGAACGAACGCCAGAGCCGAUCGCGAUGCACCUAACAACCAGGUACCUAUGGUGAAUUGGUAUUGAAUCACACUAUUGUGACAGACCACACACUGUAGCGAAGCAACUCCCCUCCCAGACUUUAAACAAGCACACAUUAGAGCCGAGUACUUAACCGCAAAAUGCUUAGAACUAGCACUGUCUCUAGUAUCUAAGUUCUUGGUUGUGUAAAUAUGUAUCUUGUCUUAUGGCAAGAUAGUCUCGCUUCGUGGCACUCUCCCUCCAGCUAAAAACAGAUAGGAUAUGAAAGAUGGGCAUCUUCGUAUGCGGGGUGUGAGAUCCACCUAGCCGUGUUGUGCGCUUUGUACAUAGUACUGUCAUUAUCAAAUAGAAGACUAGCACAUAGAAGUUGAUGAUGCUCAUU